AUGCGGAAGGCCUUGGAAGUUGCUGAGCUGAAAGAUUCUCCAAAGGAUGUGGAGCACCAAGCAGAGAGCUGUGUGGAGCGCUUCAGACCGUUCUCUUUGAGGACGCACUUUGAGUCGGCGCAUUGGGUGGGAAAGAACCAACCUCGGCCUGAUGAGGAUCUUUCAAGAGCGAGCCCAGCAAACAAGAAGCUCUCAGCGCUUUCCGCUCGGUCCAGACCUUCAAGCCCAAGGUUCCAGCCUCCAGGACGAGCCGAUGAGCUGAAGCUGCCGCGUCCCGAGGAACAGGAUGAUAGAAACCUCCAGGUGGCGCAGAAGUUAUGCAAACGCUCUUUGCAGCUCAAGGCAGAGCUUCAGACAUGUGAAACAGAAGCUGCGGCUUUGCGGCAGCGCCUGUCACAUUUAGGCGACAGGAGCAAGGAGAAACGCAGAGCUCAGUGGGAAAGACGAGCCCUACACAAGGACUGGGGUAGUGGUGCUCAGACAUGGACGAUUUGGAAGGCCUUUGCUGAACGGAGUUUGCAGGAGGCCCAAAAGAUUCGGCGGAUCAUCGGGAAGGUACCGGCGGAAGCUCUGACGAAUGGAAGCGAGCAGCUCGAGGAGGUGAACGCAGCACUACAACGUGCGAAGUCGGAGGUUGAAGAGGAACAGGUGGAGCGGACCAAACUGGCACGUGCCAUGAACUCAGGCGCUGAAGCUGUGUCCAAGACUCAGCGGGCCUUGGUUUUUGGGUAUCGUCUACCGUUGGAUGCUUUGUUUGAUGCCAUGUCUGCAGCCGUGAAGAGCAAGGGACCUGAGCUUGUCAAGAUGGGAGGUGCUGUGUUCCAGUUCAUCAUCAGCGACGCUGGUCCGGAGGGCAAGUUCGUCCUUGAUUUGAAGAACGGCAGUGGUGCUGCGAAAGCGGGUGAAGAAGCCGGCGCGGAUUGCACCAUCACUAUGGCAGAUGCGGACUUGGUGGCCAUGGCGGAGGGCAAGCUGGAUGGAAUGCAGGCCUUCAUGGGUGGCAAGCUGAAGAUCAAGGGCAACAUGAUGCUGGCCCAGAAGUUGCAGUCCAUUUUGGAGGCUGCUAAGUGA